GCCUUAGGUCUCGUCAUCACUUCCGGAUUAAUUUCCACAACAUGGGGAGUGCGCGGCUGUUCUCUGUCACGGCGUGGCUCGUGCCGCUAGCAGCGGGUCUCCUCCUGGUCUCCAUGGCGACCGGGCUGGAGGUGACCACCCACCCUGCCGGCUCCUUCCCCGCUCCGGGCACCAACUCCACCAACUCCUCCGCCGUGCCGCCGCCCCACCGCGGGCCGCCACCGCCGCGCGGGCUGAACGUGGACAAUAUGGUGGUGCAGCGCGCGCUGUACGUCCUGAUCGGCUUCACCAUGCUGGGGGUCUUCUACCUGCUUGUGCGCGCGGUGCGGACAAAGCGUCCGCUCCAGAAGAAGUACGGUCUGCUGCAGAACGCGGAGGACGGCGUGGAGCUCGACGCCCUGGAGAGUGACGAGGACGACACGUUGUACGAGGCCCGCAGCCUCCGGAGGUGAGGAGGAGGAGGAGGAGGAGGAAGAGCAGCAGGAGGAGGAGGAGGAGGAGGAGGAGGAGGAGGAGCACCGAUGUGUAAAGCCAAAGCUGCCGGCCUUCUGCUGGAGAAGUCUUUAUUUUUUUAGCCCCGCUGUAAUUAGGACGAUCUUCUGGAGUUUCCAUGACCACAGAAGAGAUGAGGAGCCAUGCACAGAAGAGAUGAGGAGCCAUGACCACAGAAGAGAUGAGGAGCCAUGACCACAGAAGAGAUGAGGAGCCAUGCACAGAAGGGGUUUCAGACGGAACAUUCCUUAACUUCAGACGUCAAAGUGGAACCCUUCUUCAGGUCUCCAUCCUAAUGUUUUACUGACUACGCAGGUAGUUAUGUGACCAGUUAAACUAGUUAACUACAAACAUGGCAGUACGCACUUCUGUCCACAGACGGCGUGUCUGAGUUAGUUCAGGGUGUCUGAGUUAGUUCAGGGUGUCUGAGUUAGUUCAGGGUGUCUGAGUUAGUUCAGGGUGUCUGAGUUAGUUCAGGGUGUCUGAGUUAGUUCAGGGUGUCUGAGUUAGUUCAGGGUGUCUGAGUUAGUUCAGGGUGUCUGAGUUAGUUCAGGGUGUCUGAGUUAGUUCAGGGUGUCUGAGUUAGUUCAGGGUGACCGAGUUAGUUCAGGGUGACCGAGUUAGUUCAGGGUGACCGAGUUAGUUCAGGGUGACCGAGUUAGUUCAGGGUGUCUGAGUUAGAUUAGUGUGUCUGAGUCUGUUGACGCUGUCGGUCUGAAGCCACUCGACGUCGGUCUUUAAACGUUGAAUGAGCCUCGUCUGUAGUUCCGUUGCCGGCCACCAGAGGACGUAGGGGGGUGGGCGAUCUUAUCGGGACUAUUUUGAAAUGUUGGACUCUGGUAUAGCUUGGUGUUCAUCUCAACACUUCUCUCCAGUUGCGGAGAUGAGACUUAAUUUAUUUAUUUAAUCCUGAAUGGUGAAUGGGAAUAUGAGAAUGUCUGUCUGAGAUGCACCACGCCACCUAUCGCUAUCCUAUCGCUAAAUAUCGACAAUAAUCAGCUUUUUACAAAGAUGUAUUUUUUUAUUAAACUCUUUGUAUUCGUUUUAUAGCGAAAAUAUCGAAUCACAAUCUAAGACGUGUAGAAUAUAAAGUGUCUGAGGAUCAGAGUGUUGCUAUGCAGAAAAUCAACCAGACUUUAUUUAACUUCAGUGGAUUUCUAUCUUGAUUCGGUUUCUAUUUUUCUUCUGGUUUGUAUGAUUUGUCCUGCUGUACUUCAUAAGCCAUUCCUGUAUUGGACACAAUCUUUAAAUGUGUGUAACGGUGUGAACGUGGUUUCUAUUUCUCCAACCACAUUUUUUUACAUCAUGUUUACGUGUACUUAAGUACUUUUGUUUUCACUUAAGCAGAGUUGUACAACCCCGUCCUGAUCUCAGAAUGAUUUGAUCAGGAUCUCAGCACGAGGACGGUUAUGUUGGAGUUGGUUUUGUUGCAAAUGGCCUUUUUAAAAUGCAUUAAAUUUGCAGUACUUUA